AUGUCUUAUCUACACCAUGUUACUCAUUCUGGUCGCCGAUUUGCUCCAAAUCAAGAGGAGCACUAUCCUGAAACCCUUUCAGAUACUACUGAAAGUAGUGUGUUCUUUGAGAUUGCUCCAGAUAGACCUCCUACAUAUGAGGAGGCUAUUCGUUCAAAAAUUCAUCUUUCAAGAUUUGAAAUUCCAUUAAAUAAUAACAAAAUGUCUACUCAAAACAAUACUACUUUUGCUACCGAAACUCUUGAAUUUCAAGAGUCUCAAGAACAUAUUUCUCAAAAUUUACAAGAAGAAAUUACUCAAGAAAUUUCUAAACUUCUUGAAAAAAUUUCAAAUUUAGAUAAAACUAUCGAAAAUUAUCAACUUCAUAGAGAAGCCGCUGAAGUUGAUAUAAAAACUCAACAAUGGAAUCGAAAUGUUGAGCAUAUACAAAAAUUUACAGUUUAUUUUCUAAUAGAUUUUUAUGUUUUGGUUGAUCGAAAAUGUAUAUUUUUGUUCAUUCUUGAUCAACCAGAACGUAAAAAUCUUUUAUGUAUUUUUUAUUUUAAUAGAAUGAAUGUUAUUGAUUUUGUGGAAGAGGAGUGGAUUGUUGAAGAACCAUCUAGUUCAACCGGCAUUAAAAAAGUUGAACCUUCCUCAAUGCAAGUUGAACAAGAAGAUUUUUCAGUGAUAGAAAUUAAAGAAACUCUGUUCAAGAGUUAUACUUUUGAGUAG